GUUACACGGACGUGCGGUGCCAACAGUUCCGUGGGCAAGUACAUAUUCCCGCUACCACGGUACAGAAGUUGAUCAGCGACCAUUCCCACGGCGAGUACGGAACGCUGCUCUACAUUUACUUUAGAGAGAUCGUAACUUUACGUCGACAAACCAGUGCAUCCGGGAAACGGACAAGGCAAGGUGGAAGGCAAAACAAAUUCCGGCAACCUGAGAGUGAGAAGUGAGCUCGCCGUGUGAUCCGUGAGUGAGUAGUGAGCCGAUUAGCGCGACUCGACUCUGCGACUACUACUGCACGUGUGCGCCAUUCUCUCGUGUGUAACGGUGACCCGUGUGUGAGUUUACGGUGUAACUAGGUUGAACGAGAGCGGAAGAAAACAAAGAAGGAUCACCCAAAUUUCGCUGUCCUGCCGUCACCGAAGGAUUGGUUAGCAACAACACGUAACCGUGCCUGUGCCAGUGUGUGUCCACCGUCGUCACUUCAGUUCCAGUCCUCACCGGACCACAAAAAACCGUGAUCGAACCAUCAGGUGGCCUCGCCGCGAUUGUUUCCUGCCAUCAAUAUUACGCUCUACCUCAUGGUCUCUUGUUAUCCCUGCGAUCGGGAGAGAGAUACUAAUAGCACAGUGUGAACGGUCGUGUAUUUGUGUGCGGCGUACGUGCGCCUUACUCGCCAAGUGGUUCCGAUUCGUUUCGAGAUUCCGCGAGGUGCGCACUUCUGUGUACGUGUCAUCCUCAUUAAGGCGACCGGCGGCUCACGGUAACCUGUUUCUGCUCAUCAUCAAGUGUGUACGCCCGCCUCGUGGUGCAUCCUGCGGCACAUCCUCGCAAACCCGCUGGCCAUCUAAGUUACUGCGAUAGAAUUACCAUUGGAACGUGGUCUUCACUCUUUGCCGAUCACACCGCCGCAGCAGUGCAGCAACUCGCGCCUUGUGCCACGUUCGACCGAGAAACGGAACUGUGACCUACAAGUAAACGGCCGCAGCGCCAAACCGUAAGUGCAGAACUAUUUCGCAAGGCCAUUCCGCCAGCCAUCGACUGAUUAGCGUUAAGUCGUGGAUCAAACCUGUAAACUAAGUGUUCAAAACAUCACCUCAAACCGACGCGGCGUUUGUGUCUCUGGCAAGAGGGAGAACCUGAAACUCUCUCUGCCUCACACGGUAAGCGCUUACCGUGUUGAUCCGUUCCAAAAGCACACGCACCCUGGAGCAAGGUGAGAUCCGGUGUUGUUCAUCAAGGCAAUCGGAUAAACGGCGGAGAGGUCAGUACCCAGCGCGGCACGAAACAUGGCAACGGAUAGUGGCGAUAUCGCCACCGUAACUCCCGGUCUGGUGGCAGCAGCCGAGAAGCAGCAGCAGCAGCUCGAGGAUAACAACAACAAACCGCUGCUAACGGUCGGCGCCGAUACGGCGGAACAGCAGCCUAGCCUCAACGGUACAGCAGCCCCCGAAGCGCCUGUCGAAUGUUUGGCUACCGAGCGUGAAGUGGUCGAAAAUAAUCUCAACAACAACUUCACCGCCAAGGUAGGUGACACGGCAGCGAUCGAUGGAACGACGGCGGCGAUGGCGGCCUCUUCGGUGGGAAAUAAUAACUCCGCCGCGGCAACAACACCCGCUGGUCACGCGUCAAUUGGGACACGCAUACGCCGCACGUCCGAGAAGCUGAACGAGGACACGAUCGGGGGCUUGAAUGCGCGGAAAAAGUACUCGCUAGAUGUGCUGCUCUCGUUGAAGGAUUCGGCGAUCGGGCGUGAGAAACCGUCCACGAUCCCGGACGUGUGCCGGUCGCUACUGAAGGCGAACCCUGGCACGUUCGUGAGCACACGCCACAGUAUGGGUGGCGGUGGUGUAGUGGGAGGCGGCGGCGGUCAGGACAACUCCCUGUUGCCCAGCUUCAUGAAGGGAAUGGGCUUCGGUGGACCGCCACCUCCGUCGUCGUCGUCGGGUGGCGACGGAUCGGACGGAGGUCUGCGUCCCCCGAUGAACCGCCACCUGUACCGUGGCCGUCUGUCGGCGAAGGAAAUGUCAACCCGCUCGAGUGGCGGUCCCGGUUCCGGUGGACCAGCCGGUGGUCUGGACGAUCUGGACGGCAAGAUGAUCAAGCUCAACGUCAACAUUGGCGAGGAGGUCAAGCUGAAAGGGUCGGCCAACGCGUGGAAGCCACGCUGGAUGCAAAAGACCGAGGAGAUGGACGAGGAGCAGCAGAAAACCCAGGAACUGUCGCGUCAGUUCCGGAGCGUGCUAAACAAGUUGACGCCCGAGAACUUUGGGGUACUGAUGGAACAGGUCAAAAAGUUUGAGAUCGACACCGAGGAGCGGCUGGACAACUGUAUCAAGAUUCUGUUCGAGAAGGCCAUUAUGGAGCUGAACUUUUCCGACACGUACGCCCAGAUGUGCAAGGAACUGGGCACACUGAUCGAGGUGCAGUCGAGCGAGAAGCAGACCACGAACGUGCUCAACUUUAAGCGCAAACUGAUUGCCCAGUGCCAGCGCGAGUUCGAGAAGCAUCAUCUGGAGUGCAAGCGCACCGACACGCUGGCUGAGGAGAACGUGAAGCGCGUGGAAGAGUCGGGCGUUCCGCUGACCGCCGAGGAGCAGGCGGAAAUGAAGCUCGAGCUAGAGGAGCAAAAGUACCGCAUCCGGAGGCGCGCCCUCGGCACGAUCCGCUUCAUCGGGGAGCUGUACAAACACGAGCAGCUCCGGGCGAAGGUGAUGAUUACAUGCAUGUCGAUGCUGCUCAAGGACGAUAUGCUGGACGAGGAGUCGGUGGAGUGUCUCUGCAAGCUUCUGACCACGAUCGGGGCCCGCAUCGAGAAGGAGGACGAGCGCUGCCUUCAGGAAUGCUUCGCCAAGCUGCAGUCGGUGGCGGAACGCAAAACCCUAAUGCCCGGCGGCGAACCGGUCUGCAACCGUAUCCGCUUCAUGAUCAUGGACCUGCUCGAUCUGCGCAAAGAUCGGUGGCAGCCGCGUCGCGCACUGGCUACCCCCAAAACGCGUGAACAGAUUCAGCGCGAGGUCGAGGCGGAAGAAAACAAGAACUGGGUGCUCAACUACAACCUGCCACGGGGCGGUGGUGGUGGUGGCGGUGGUAACCACCGGCACGAUUACAACCAAAACGAUGGUGGUCGGGGCGGCGGCGGUGGUGGCGGUGCUUCGAAAAACAAACGAUUCGUUGACGAGGACGGUUUCGUACAGCCCGUGUCUACGCGCAACCCCUGGACAAUGCCUGCUAUCGACCCGAAGAAAAUCAACCUCUCGGUUUCAAAGGCAGCGGAAGAAACGCGUCUCGGGUCAGCGUCCAUGUUCCAGGGCUGGGGCAAAACGAAUGUAUUUGCGUCGCUCAAUACGGGCGAUCAGGCGGCGGCGGCCGCUCCGGCUCCCAGUUUCUUCGGUGCUUCCGGCCCGAUGGGUGGUGGCGGCGGUAAGGGUUCGGGAGGAUCGCAUAAAAAGUCCGGUGGUGGUGGUGGUGGUGGCGGCGGCGGCGGCGGUGGCAAUAAUUCCAAAAAGCAGCACUACCAUGGCCGCAGUAGCAGUCACUUCUGAUAGGCAGCGUGUCCUGAUGUUGCGGGUUGGGAACAGAGAGACUGAUCCGGCAAAGAACCCGCACAACGCUCCGGUCUGUUUGCUGCGCGCGCACCCCCUUUACUUAUUUUCGCUUCGAUUCUAUUUUGUUAAAUGUUUAAUCCUUCCGGAUGGCGGCUUCCGCGUUGCGCUCUGGACCCUUGUUUUUUUGUAUCCCUUUACUACCAGCUCGGCACCAUCAGUAGUAUAAUCAAUUCUCCUUAACAAUCGAUACGAAACAGAGUAAAAUUCCCUAUCUUGAUUGCCAUUUUCCCGAGAGCCACAGGGUCCCCUCUGAUCGCUGAGCGACACAGUGGUAGAAUUAUCAAAUUCCCGAAAUGCAAUUCACCAUUAUGGGACAAUGUAAACCACGCACUGUGUAUGAGAAUUUCUCUUCUUCUUCGUGUAUAGGCUCAAAACAGUUUAAAGUCAUCUUUAAACUGCUCCUCAUCAGGGAUGGUGGUAUCCGUGGCCCAGCGGUUGGCUGGCCCAAUGAUUAACAGAAUGCGGAUGGGCACAGACGCCCGAAAUAAAGCCUCAAAAUAUUGUGUAUUAGGAAAGGUAAACUGAACUGCUGUGCGACCGCACAGCGAUAGAAAACGAAAUGAUGCCACGCAGCAGUUCCUUGCUAAACAGUUGGAUUAUCCGGCACGACUAUGUGGAAAUGGGUGGAAAAGGAAGCGACGCCCGAUCCGAGAUUAUAUACUCGAUAAAAUACAUAAAACAAACUAAACGUAAAUACAUAUAUAUACAUACGGUUUAACAUAGGUAGGAAGCAAACAAUUGUGAGAGAACGAGAGAGAGAGACAGGACACUCUAACCAAAAUACCAACUACUUCCGUUCGUGGCGACUCCACGAAAGUGGGUUUCCCGCCCUGCCGGGUGCCAGUGUAACCCGCGAUACUUCCCGAUAACCCGAUUGUUAUAGGAUUGCUUAAUGUAGAUCGCAGAUAGAUCAAAGAAGAUCAAAGAAAAGACGGACAUUGCUGGACUAGCGGCGCAACACACAAUUGUCAGCGUGUAAAUAGAACCGAAAAACGGAAACCAAUAAAAAAAAACAUCAAUUAAGCUUCAACUAGUGAAUUAGGGAAUAUUAAAUGAGAUGGAACUGCGCCUGGAUUGUGAGGAGGGCCGAUAGGUGGGUGGUAUGGUACGCCAGCGCCUCGAUCACGUGUUUUUCUUUACAUUUUACCCUUUUAUUUUAAUAGUAAUCAAGAGAUAGCAAAAAUAACUAAUGGUCUUUGGAAGCUGCAACACCUCUGGUGCUGCGGCAGGGCUUAGGAUACACAAUUUAAAGAUGGUACACUUAAGAAGCAACACACAGCAGAGAAAACAACAUAAAAAGUCGCAAAAAAAGCUAGAUUUUAAGGCUCUAUUAGAAGAUAAUUUAGGAUUUGAAAAUUCAAUUGAACAGUCGACUCGUAGUGGGCAGAUCAUCAGAUACGAAAGAUCGCAAUAAUGAUCAUACUCAGACACACAUACAAGUCUGAGACGACGCGCGAUCACCACCCUCCUCGAUCAUUUCGAGUUACUAUUAACCAUUCACUUAAUAAUCGAGAAUUGGCGAUCGAUCCGCCAACGAACACUCGUGUGGUGAUCGAAUGUUCCGCGACCGUGAAGAACCGCGACAGCGGGUUCGACAUUCUUGCAAACACAGGGCGCAAAGAGACGGUCCCAACACACAGAAGAGCGGCUCUUAAGAAGGCGCGUAAAAAGUAAGGUCCGCUAUCACAAACUUUCGCCGUUUCUUUUCAACUUCUUCUGUUCCGAUAAACUUAUGUAAAAGUAGCUAUUAAAUGUAAAUAAACAAAUGCCUCCGUUUGU